UUUUUUUUGUAUCGGAGGAAUCAACAGCCGCCAUCUUGACGCGGCUCAGAAUCGGGAUUUCGGGGGGAGCAAUAAUUUUAAAAACCGACCGGAGCUACUCGGGCUGGGCUCAAACGGCUUUUUUCUUGCAGAAAAUGGAAGUGUUAGUCGUUCUGAUGAGAUUUAAUGCAAACAUGUGAGGAUUACACGGGUAUUUAUCGUCUCGAAAGCCCACUGUAUAUUUGAUUUCCCUUUUAGCGAGCGCCGAUUCUCGCCGUAUCUCCGUCCCCGAGACGCUGUAUUUACCGGGAGACAGCGACGGCAAAAAUAAUCCACCUCAUACAAAAUAUUUUUUGAAUUUUGCUCUUUUUAUUUAAGCCCGAGAUAUAUUUUAUUGGCCGUUCGUUUCGACGGCGAAAAAGAUGAUUCUGUACGGUCGCGAAUCCGGCGAUCUGCUGAGAACGGGAUUCGCUUACGCCUUGCGUAAUAUUUUAUGAUUGAUUUUUUAUUUAUUUUUCUCGAACCCAAAUAAUUUUUUUGGACGUAAUUAUUGAGGAUAAUUAUGUGGGUGUUGGGUGUUGGAUUAUCAUGGGGUGAUCCUCGGCGGCGGAGCGUGGCGCUGUUGCCUUUCUUUUGAAGCCUUUUUCUCCAGGCAGCAUUUUGCUAGUCUGCCAGUCAAGAAGAAGAAGAAGACGAAGAAGAAGAAGAAGAAAAAAAAAAAAACAUACAUUGCUCCUUAACACGUAAGGAAAAGUUCCCAGUUAUUACGAACCCAAAGCCGACAAGGAGGACUCGUUUUCCGGCAUCAUCAUCCAUUCAUAACCCAGGAUGGCUGACAAUCUGCUGGAUGUCGGACCCCCCACUGCAAAGCGACCCAAGCUCAAUUCACCGCUCUCAGUGUCAGAUGGCCCAGAUCUUGUGUCUCUCUUUGAUCUGGAAAACGACCUUCCGGAUGAGCUCAUCCCCAAUGGAGACUUGGGAAUGGGAAUGCCCUCUAAUGGCGGUCCAAGUGGAGGGGGUCCUGGUCUCAACUCAAUCGUCCCUGAUGCAGCUGCCAAACACAAGCAGCUGUCUGAGCUUCUGCGACCAGGAAGCUCCUCCAUCUUGGGAGGUGUUCUCAACUCUGCCAGUCCCCAACAGGGAGGCAUGGUGGGAAGCCAGCUAGGUGCUGUGCUUGGUAAAAAUCCACUUGGGCAGGGUUCUCCCAAUCACCAGUCUCCCCAGGCCCAGAAAGGAGGUAAUGCUGCUGGACAAGGCAAUGGGGGCAUGAGCUUCAACCAGGCCAUGUUGAACAGUGGACAGGGCCAUGGGGUCAUGGGCCAGACAGGACAAGUGAUGAAUGGGGCUCUGGGACCAGCAGGCCGGGGCAGACCUGGCAUGCAGUACCAAAGCCAAGGAAUGCAGGGGGCACAUGUGGGUGCUGGACCUGGUGUUGGAGGCAGUGUGCUGGCAGAGACACUCACCCAAGGAGGGCCGCAGUUGGGUGCACACAACUCGUUGAAUGCUCAGCAAGCCGGAAACAUGAAUAAGAUGGGGAUGUCAGGAGGUCCAUUCGGCCAGCAGUAUGGUCAGGCUGGGUUGCAGCAGAUGGGGUCAGCGGGGGUCAACGCCCAACAACUCCAGAACAAGACCGCCCUUUCCAACAACCUGCCCCAAUUCCCUACGGAGCUGAAGGGAGCUGGAAGUGUGCCAAACCUGUCCCAGAUGCAGCAGCAGGUAGCGUCGGUGGGCCUGGUCCCCGGGGCCGGCGGCGUGUCAGCGGGCCCAACGGCCGACCCCGAGAAGCGCAAACUCAUUCAGCAGCAGCUGGUCCUGUUGCUCCACGCACACAAGUGCCAGCGGCGCGAGCAGGCCAACGGGGAGGUGAGGGCCUGCACUCUGCCCCAUUGCCGCACCAUGAAGAACGUCCUCAACCACAUGACCCACUGCCAGGCGGGCAAGUCCUGCCAGGUGGCUCACUGUGCAUCAUCCAGGCAAAUCAUCUCCCACUGGAAGAACUGCACGCGACACGACUGUCCGGUCUGCCUGCCUUUAAAGAAUGCAAGUGACAAGAGGAAUCAGCAGCCCAUGCUAAGUUCUCCUGGGUCUAGCCUGCAGAACGCCAUCAGUACAGUGGGGCCUGGCCAGCCCAGUUCCACAGCCAUCAACAGUGCUGCCACACACAUCGACCCCAGCUCCAUGCAGAGGGCCUACGCUGCCCUUGGCCUGCCGUAUGGGAACCAGUCCCCUGCCCAAGUCCAGGGACCCUCUCAGCAAAAUCCCCAGGGCUCCCAGCACCAGCAGCUGCGAAAUCUGAACACACUAGGCACUAAUCAGAUGAACCAGAUGGCAGGAGGCUUGGGUGUCCCCUCGUCAGACCAGACGGGCAUGCACUCUGACUCCUCUCUCCCAUCCACACUCAACAAUCAACUGAUGCCUGAUGGGUCAGUAGUGGGAGGCAUGGGGAACCUGCCCACUGCCACCCCUCUCUCUUCUUCGGGGGUAAGGAAGGCCUGGCAUGAACACGUCACUCAGGACCUGCGCACCCACCUGGUGCACAAACUUGUACAAGCCAUAUUCCCCACCCCAGACCCUGCAGCAUUGAAGGACCGACGAAUGGAGAACCUGGUGGCGUAUGCACGCAAGGUUGAGGGUGACAUGUACGAGUCUGCUAACAGCAGGGAUGAGUAUUACCACUUCCUGGCAGAGAAAAUCUAUAAAAUCCAGAAGGAGUUGGAGGAGAAGAGGCGCUCACGACUCCAGAAACAACCUGGCAUGGUGGGCACAGCUGGGCCUCAGCAACCUGGAAUGGCUCAGCCCAACGCCAUGGGCCCGGGACAGGGCGUCCGCUCUCCCAAUGGACCUGUGCCUAUGCCCAACAUGCCAAAUCAGAUAAUGAGCCGCAUGCAGGUGCCCCAAGGAAUCAAUCAGUUUAACCCAAUGGCGAUGCAGAAUGCGCAGAUGUCUCAGGCACCCAUGGGAGCGCGUGCUCCCUCCCCCAUGAACCACCCACAGCAAAUGAACAUGAGCUCCGUCCCAGCGAUGGGCAUGUCCCCGUCAAGGAUGCCUCAGACUCAAGGAAUGAUGGGUAGUCAUGCUAACAACAUGGUUGCGCAGCCAGCCAACCAGGGCCAGUUCCUGCAACAGGGCCAGUUCACUGCUUCUGCAGGUGGAGCAAUGAAUGUGAAUGUAGGCUUGGGUCAGCCCAUAACACAGGCUGCUGUUACACAGAAGCCACAGAACUCUAACCUCCCUCUGAAUGCACUGGGAUCCCUUGGCCCCCAGCUGCCCUGUGGCCCUGCAGCCCAGCCUACCCUUCGUGCUACUCCUCCACCCAAUGCCUCUGCCAGCCUGCAGCAGCAGCACCAUGCUUCUGCACAGGCCCAAGUGUCACUGCAGCCCGCUACCCCCGCCUCCACUGGUGGGCCCUCCUCCACCCCAACCCACAUGCCCAGUAGCCACCCUGGCCCCCCCUCAGCCAUGGGCACACCCGACCCCUCCCAGCCGAUCACCCCUCUGCAGCCGCAGACAGAACCCCCCAGCCAAAUGCAGCAGCCCACCUCAGUGCAGGCACAGCACCCCAGCACACCGUUGUCCCAGGCAGCAGCGAGUGUAGACAACAGAGUGCCCACCCCAGCAUCCGUGGCUGAGUUGAGCUCCCAGAAGGCCCUGCCGGACAUGAGCAGCAUUGAAGCCAAACCUGAAGUAAAAGACGAAGAAGAUGACUGCAAGUCUGGAAAGAAGCAACCGGAUGUGAAAAUGGAGGAUGAAGAAACCAAACCCCUGCUGGUGAAGAAGGAGGAGCCAGAUGCAGCAGAGCCAAAGCAGGAACCAAUGGAAACUGAGGAAAAGAAGCCGGAGAUGAAGACGGAACCCAAAGAAGAGGAGGAAAGUGGGGCCAACGGCACAUCAGCCACCUCCAGCCCUCAGAACCGAAAAAAGAUUUUCAAGCCAGAGGAGCUGAGACAAGCCUUAAUGCCAACACUUGAGGCCCUCUACAGGCAAGACCCAGAGUCACUGCCCUUCAGACAACCUGUGGACCCCAUGCUACUCGGCAUCCCUGACUACUUUGACAUCGUGAAGAACCCCGUUGACUUAUCCACCGUCAAGCGCAAGCUGGAUACGGGUCAAUACCAGGAACCGUGGCAGUAUGUGGACGACGUGUGGCUCAUGUUCAACAACGCGUGGUUGUACAACCGUAAAACAUCCCGCGUCUACAAGUACUGCACCAAGCUGGCGGAGGUGUUCGAGGCGGAGAUUGAUCCCGUCAUGCAGGGCUUAGGCUACUGCUGCGGCAGGAAGUAUGAGUUCUCGCCCCAGACGCUGUGUUGCUAUGGCAAACAGUUGUGUACCAUUUCCAGAGACGGCACCUACUACAGCUACCAGAACAGGUAUCACUUCUGUGAGAAGUGCUUCAACGAGAUCCAGGGCAACAGUGUGACCCUGGGGGACGACCCAGCACAGCCACAGACCAUGAUAUCAAAAGAGCAGUUUGAAAAGAAGAAAAAUGACAUGUUGGACCCUGAACCGUUUGUUGAAUGUAAAGACUGUGGACGAAAGAUGCAUCAGAUCUGCGUGCUGCACUACGAUGUUAUUUGGCCGACAGGCUUUAUCUGUGACAACUGUCUAAAGAAGUCUGGCAAAACAAAAAAGGAGAACAGGUUCUCAGCCAGAAGCCUAUGUAAAGGAUUGCAGUCGACCAGAUUGGGAACGUACAUCGAGGACAGAGUGAACAAGUACUUGAAAAGGCAGAACCACCCCGAGGCUGGCGAGGUGUUUGUGCGAGUGGUGGCCAGCUCCGACAAAAAUGUGGAGAUUAAGCCCGGCAUGAAGUCCAAGUUUGUGGACUCGGGCGAGAUGGUGGAGACCUUCCCUUACAGAACCAAAGCACUUUUUGCAUUUGAGGAAAUAGACGGCGUGGACGUUUGUUUCUUUGGCAUGCAUGUCCAGGAGUACGGCUCGGAGUGCCCAUUUCCAAACACCAGACGGGUUUACAUAUCAUACCUCGACAGUAUUCACUUCUUCAGGCCACGUGUGCUAAGGACUGCAGUUUACCACGAGAUCUUAAUAGGCUACCUGGAGUACGUGAAGAAGCUGGGGUAUGUGAUGGGUCACAUCUGGGCCUGCCCACCCAGUGAAGGAGACGACUACAUUUUUCACUGCCACCCUGCUGACCAGAAGAUCCCCAAGCCCAAGAGGCUCCAGGAGUGGUACAGAAAGAUGCUUGACAAAGCUUUCGCCGAGAGGAUCCUCCACGAUUACAAGGACAUUUUCAAACAGGCGACCGACGACCGGCUGACCAGCGCCAAUGAGCUGCCGUACUUUGAGGGCGACUUUUGGCCUAAUGUUCUGGAGGAGAGCAUCAAGGAGCUGGAGCAGGAGGAGGAGGAGAGGAAGAAGGAGGAGAACACGGCCUGCUCUGAGACAACAGAGGGGGCCCAAGCUGACAGCAAAAAUGCCAAAAAGAAGAACAACAAGAAAACCAACAAAAACAAGAGCAGCGUCAGCCGAGCCAAUAAGAAAAAGCCUGGGAUGCCGAAUGUAGCCAAUGACCUGUCCCAGAAGCUCUACGCCACCAUGGAGAAACACAAGGAGGUGUUUUUUGUAAUCCACCUCCAUGCCGGGCCAGUCAUCAACACCCUGCCACCCAUCAUGGACCCCGACCCUCUGUUGACCUGUGACCUGAUGGAUGGUCGGGAUGCCUUUCUGACUUUGGCCAGGGACAAGCACUGGGAGUUCAGCUCACUGAGAAGAUGCAAAUGGAGCACUAUGUGCAUGUUGGUAGAGCUGCACAACCAAGGCCAGGACCGCUUCGUGUACACCUGCAAUGAGUGCAAGCACCACGUCGAGACUCGCUGGCACUGCACCGUCUGUGAGGACUAUGACCUAUGCAUUAACUGCUACAACAUUAAGGGCCACGAGCACCAGAUGGUUAAGUGGGGUCUUGGUCUAGAUGAUGACAGCAACGGUCAGGGUGGAGAGGCCUCCAAGAGCCCUCAGGAGAGCCGCCGUCUCAGCAUCCAGCGCUGCAUCCAGUCCCUGGUCCAUGCCUGCCAGUGCCGAAAUGCCAACUGCUCUCUUCCUUCAUGCCAGAAGAUGAAGAGGGUGGUUCAACACACCAAAGGCUGCAAGCGCAAGACCAAUGGUGGCUGUCCUGUGUGCAAGCAACUCAUCGCUUUGUGUUGUUAUCACGCUAAGCACUGUCAGGAGAACAAGUGUCCUGUUCCCUUCUGCCUCAACAUCAAGCACAAACUCCGUCAGCAGCAGCUGCAGCACCGGCUCCAGCAGGCUCAAAUGAUGCGCCGGAGGAUGGCCACCAUGGCUGGAAGGGGUAUGCCCAUGCCAUCUCCACCUACCUCAGCUGGCCCCGACACCCCCAACUCUGUGCAGCAGCCUAAUACACCCCAGACCCCCCAGCCCAUGCCCAACCAGCCCCAACAGCAGCAGCCACCAAACCCUGCCAAUAUGGCCCAGGGCUUCACCAACAAUGGCCGCAGCAGCCAGCCCCCAACACCUGUGCCGCAGGGCAAACCAGGGCCUCAGUCAUCCCCUCUUCAUCAGCAGCAGUCACCUCUGCCUAACAUGCCCCAGCCACCGCAACAGCAACAGCAACAGCAACAACAGCAGCAGCAACAACAACAACAACAGCAGCAGCAGCAGCAGCAGCAGCAGCAGCAACAACAACAACAACAGCAGCAGCAACAACAGCAGCAGCAGCAACAACAGCAGCAGCAGCAACAGCAGCAGCAGCAGCAGCAGCAACAACAGGCCUUGAACGGGAUGCCCAUGAACCACCCUCGAAUGAUGGGGCCAAUGCAGGGCCAGAUGCAGAUGAUGCAGGGGCCAAGGGGCCCGCAGGUGAUGCAGGCUAUGCAGCAGGGCCAAUGGAGUCCGGGGAUGCACAAUCCCAUGCAGAAUCCCCAGGGUCAUCAGCCACAGGUCCCUCCUCAACAGGGCCCUAUGGCCCCUCAGCAGGCUCAGGGAACCCCCAUGCCCCAGCAGAACCAGCUCCUGCAGAGGCCCAUGAUGCCCCAGCAACAAAGUCUCCAGAUGCCUGGGGUCAUGCCUCCACAGGGGCCCUCGCAGCAAGGCAUGACACCACAGCAGCUAAACAUGCCACGGGGGAUUCCUGGUAACAUUGCUCCGAGUGCCCUGCAGGAAUUGCUGCGCACCCUCAAAUCUCCCAGCUCCCCACAGCAGCAGCAGCAGGUCCUCAACAUCCUCAAGUCCAACCCUCAUCUCAUGGCCGCUUUCAUUAAACAGAGGACAGCCAAGUACCAGGCCACCCAGCCGCAGCAGGCGCAGCAGCAGAACACACAGGCCAUGCUCGGGUCUCAGGCAGGAAUGCAGGCCAUGGCAGCUAUGGCAAACCAGGUGCAGAGGCCAGUGAUGGCACCUCAGCAGCAGCCUCCUCAGCAGGCGGGGCCCCAGGUCAUGGCAAACAUGGGCCCCCAAGGCCAGAUGAUGAAUGCUGCUCAAAAUGGAAAUCCCCAACUGUACCGCAGACAGCAGCUGCUCAGGAUGCAGCAGAUGCAGCAGGCGCAGCAGCAGCAGCAGCAACAACAACAACAACAGGGAGGCAUGCCUCAGGGCCACGGUCAGUUCCCCCAGCAGCAGACGGGGCCAGCAACCUACUCCCAGCUCCGUAUGCAGCAGCAAAUGGCUAUGCAAGGUGGUGGUGGGCCCAUGGGACAGCUCCCUCCCACAUCUCAAAUGGGUCAACCUGGCAUGGGCAUGGACGGGCCCCAGAACCUUCUCCAGCAGCGCAUCCUUCAGCAGCAGCAGCAGCAGCAGAUGCUAAAGCAGCAGAUGGGUUCUCCAGCACAGGCGAACUCGAUGAGUCCGCAGCCUCACAUGCUCCAAAGCCAAGCCCAGGGAGGAGCUCACUUACCUGGCAAGACAAUGGCAAACACCCUGGGAAACCAAGUACGCUCCCCAGUCCCAGUGCAAUCGCCCCGUCCGCCUUCACAGCAGACCCCGCAUUCCAGUCCCUCCCCAAGGAUACAGCCCCAGCCCUCGCCUCAACACGGUGCCCUCCACUCCAGCUCUCCCCACCCCAGCCUCGGGGGCCCAAUGUCGGGCUCCAUGGAGCAGGGACACAUGGGGACACCGGAGCAGAGUGCCAUGCUCCCGCAACUCAACACACCAAACCGAGGGGGGUUGAGUAAUGACAUGGGUAUGGCGGGUGACACGACGGGAGACACGCUGGAGAAAUUUGUUGAAGGAUUGUAGCAUUUUGGGACAGAAGAAAGGCCUUGUUCUGUUUUCAGCUGAGAAUUUUUUGUACUUGCUUGUGUAAAAAGCUAAAAGAAAUACAAACAAAUGAGUCAUACGAGGCCUACAGACUGUGAACUUUCCUUAAACCAAGGGACUGCUUUUUCUUCCAACACAGUGAGAGCGAUUUAAUACUUGCUGUUGAAAAGAAGACGACAAAGACACAAAGAAUAUAUUUUUUGGUUCAGACCAGCCAUGCAAGAAUUUGCCCUGGUCUUGGUGUUGUUUUAAUUUGUUUUUCAUUUGUUAUGCUUUUUUUUUUUAACAAAACUUCUCAAAACAAAAAAUAUUUCAUUUUAUUAUUCAAUUUUUUUAUUUUUUUUUAUUUUGUACCUUUGCAGAUUAAUAUGAUAUUUGUGUUGAGAAGACUGUAAAAUUAUUUGUCUGGGAAUUCUUUUUUUUUUUUUUUUUUGCCAGGUUUCACCUCUUGCUCAGUUUCUCUUGUUCCUGGAUAAUUUAUUCUAAUAUGCCAUUUUUCAAAAGGACUGCCUUUGGGAAAGCCUUAAUUUCUUUCCUGUUUGCAGAGUCUAUGGGAGAUAAAUGUAUUUGUAUAGAUCUAGGAACUAUUGCACACACCCAAACACAAAAGGCAGGUGUAAGAGAAACCUGUCUUAAAGCUUGUUAAUGUUCACAGGUGCCGGAAUGUUCCUUUUAGGCCUGGGCCCAGUAUUUGUCUUGCUUUGUCUCCCUCAGUCAAAAGAAAACGUCAUCAAGUCCUGAACCUCUUUUGCCUGUCGUGGGAAAUUAACUUGUUUGACUGCUGAUUUGUGUUCAGAAAGGGGUUUUGUGCAUCAUUUUCUCUCUUGCAUUACACUUGAAUUGAUGAUGAACUAUUCUCUGACGUAAAUCAUGCAGCUAGACAGUACUGUAAAUAUGCAGAAAAUAAGAAUGAAAAUCACUGUACAAACUGGUUCAAAUGGCUCAUUUCGUACUUAUAUACCAUAUUGUUAAAUAAACCUGUGUGCCACAGA